AUGGCUUCAAGAAUCAACCUCCUCAAGAAUGUGGCUUCCAAAAUUCACCUCUUUAAGAAAUCAGCCAUAGAAGCUGGAACCCCUGAAAAGUAUUAUCUGAAUCCAUCGGAUAACUUAUGGAAGGUAGCAUCUGAAUGGAAUGUGGUUGAACAUGAAGAUUUUCUUAGUUUGACAAUUCAUUCGUUUGGCCUUGGGGAUUCAAUUAUCACCAUGUUCGAUGGAAAAUUUAUAAAUAUGGAAGUACAAAAAGAAAACAAGGAAAAAGCUGCUCGUUUUGAACACAAGGAUGGGAUGAAAAACUUCAGCAUUGAGAUGAAUCCAAAGUUCCUUAACUUAAAAGUUACCCUUGAUCCUACCCUCAGACCUUCACAGGGUAUUAAAAGGAUAUUUAUUUCCAAACUCUGAAGCUGAAGAAACGAAGGUUGCUGCUGCUGCUGCUGUCUCUAGUCUUUUGGUUCUUAGGUUUGCUAUUUCUGAUGUGUUCUGAGAUUUCUUUCUAGUUUUCAUUUUGUUUUAGUCUUUCUAAUUUCAGUUUCUACUAGCUAGGAGUGGGUUUUGAAAGUUGUUUUGAGAUCAUGGAUCCUACGAUGUAAUCACCACAAACAACUAUUGGCAACGUUUUGUUAAAGAAAAUAUCAAACAGAACUUUUUUAGAGA